CUCUCUCCCAAUGUCAAUCCGCCGCAGCAAUCGAAUCGUAUCUCUGCCUGCUGUUGAUUACAGUAGGAAAAAGGCAUACAGCGUGAAGAGGAAGGUUGAACCGACUAUUACCAAAGCUAAACGUACCAAGACUGUCAAGAAAACCAAUGCUGGGGAAAAAGCGGCCGGCGUCGCUGUCAAAGAGAUUGUGAAUAUACAGGAAAAUGAAGUUGCAGAUAAGGAUGACAUAAAAGUAUCUACUACUACAACCAAAGCCGUGGUUUCAAGAGCAUAUGAUUUCUCCGCAGCAAUUGGUCAUCUAAAGAAAGCAGACCCUAAGCUUGGAGAAAUGAUGGACGCUGCAUCUACCGCCAAAUUUCGACAGCGUAUUCUGGAUAACGGACCAUUAAAUCCAUUUCGUGAUUUGGCUACUCAUAUCAUAUACCAACAAAUCCAUGGAACGGCAGCCAAAGCGAUCUUGAAUCGAUUUGUAAAACUCUUCGAUCCUUCCGAAGAAGAAGUUGAUUUACCCAAGGAGCUUGCGUUUUUUCCUACACCGGAAAUGGUGAUUGCUAAACCGAUCCCCGAACUCAGGACGGCUGGACUUUCUCAAAGAAAAGCAGAGUAUAUCGUUGAUCUUGCCACACACUUUGUGGACAAGCGAAUCCUUCCCAAUAAAUUCAAGGAUAUGACAGAUGAAGAGAUUUCGGUAUGCCUCACCUCCGUACGAGGUAUUGGUCAGUGGACAGUCGAUAUGUACUUGAUCUUCCAUCUCGGUCAUCCAGACGUUCUCCCACUAGGAGAUCUGGGAGUUAGAAAAGGCAUGGCGGUUCAUUUUGGAUUGAUGAGUGGUAAGCAGGCAGUUAGCAAAGGCAAUAACAAACAACUUCCAAGCCCGGACGAUAUGGUUCGUCUCACUGAACAUUGGAAGCCGUAUCGAUCGGUUGGCUCGUGGUACAUGUGGAAAGUGAUGGACGGUGUCAGCGCAAAAUGAAGUUUUUGGUCCAAUUGGAGAGGCGUGGUACCUUG